AUGUUGGAGCAAGAGUUACGCCGAGAGCGUGAACGACUUCGUGCGACGGACAACCGCCGUCGAUCGACGUCACGGCGUGGCAGCGAGCGUCGGGAGUCCUCCGAACGUCGGGUAGCCGGGUGCCGUGCGGAGCUACGUAGCAUCGAGCGCCGCGAGCCCUCCGGACGUCGGGAAGCCGAGUGCCGUGCGGAGCUACGUGUCAGCGAGCACCGCGAGCCCUCCGGACGUCGGGAAGCCGAGUGCCGUGCGGAGCUACGUGUCAGCGAGCACCGCGAGCCCUCUGGACGUCGGGAUGCCGAGCGUCGGACAGAUCUACGUGUCGGCGAGCAUUGCGGAGAGCUUCGUGACAGCGAGCGUCGCGAGCCGUCCGGACGUCGGGCAGAGCUUCGUGUCAGCGAGCAUCACGAGCCCUCCGUUCAUCGGGAAGCUGAGCGCCGGGCAGAGCAACGGGUCGACCAACAUAUCAAUGCAGAAGAAAAUAUGAGGAGGAUCUGUCGUCACAGCCACAUAAACAAUGCACAGUCGUCACAAAAGAUAGACCACCAAAAUAUAUUGCCUAAUUUUGAUCCAUCAACUAAAAAUCAACGUGUUGAUAUAUGGCUUAAAAAGGUCAAUGAAUGUGCAUCCGUAUAUGGUUGGGACGAUAGAACUACCACUCACUUUGCCAUGCAGAAACUCCAAGGACUGGCUAAAAUUUGGUACGAAAGUUUGAAUUCCAUUCUCUUUAGCUGGAACGAAUGGCAGGAUAAAUUGAUAAAUGCAUUUCCUUGUGAACAAAAUUACGGCCAGACCUUGGAGGAUAUGCUAAAAAGAAAAAGUAAGUUUAAUGAGCCUAUUGAGGUUUAUUAUUACGAAAAGCUUGCUCUAGUAACUCAAUGCGAUAUAGUAGGAAAGCGUGCCGUGGACUGCGUUAUUCACGGCUUGUCAGAUAGGACGCUUAGAUCAGGUGCCCUGGCAUUACGUUGCAGUCACCCUGAUCAACUUUUGCAGUUCUUAAUAAGCAAUAAAGAUACUCAUCAGCCUUCCGCGGACCGUGGUCAAUUUCGUGAUAAACUUUUAGAUAAUACAUAUCAGAGUUAUAAUCAGAACCAAGCACAUAAGGUUAUAGUUAGAUCGGUUCAACCCAUAGGUUGCUAUAAUUGUAAGGAGAAAGGCCAUAGUUUUCUACAUUGUCCUAAACCUAUCUUAAAGUGCCAACGAUGCAAUAAAAUCGGUCAUACGUUAGAUACCUGUUUUAGCAAGUCAGGGGAAAAGCCGACGAAUACUAACGCUACAGUUUCAAAAACAAUGCGCAUAGAUUCUGUCGAACACUGUACUCAAGGCUCAAACUCCAAAUUUAUAAAAGAGGUUAUUGUUAAUGGGGUGUCCCUACAGGGAUUCAUAGAUUUUGGAAGUGAGGUUACUUUGAUUAAGGAGUCGGUAACCAAGGAGUUAGGCUUGUUUCACGAUAACACGUCCUCUCAAAUGAAAGGCUUCGGUAAUAGCGUUGUGCAAUCUCUUGGAGAGCUAUCGCUCGACUUGAGUAUAGACGAUGUCAAAGCCAGAGUUAUUUGUAAGGUAGUCUGUGACGAUUUCUUGGAAAAACCCUUGCUAAUUGGUCAAACUUUUCAUAUUCCCAGGGAGGCCCUUGAGUGGAUCCCGCUAGGAACAAGAAGACGUGGCCGUCCUAAACAAACUUGGUGGAGAUCAGUAGCUGCCGAAAUGAAGGCGAUUGGGCUGACAUGGCCCGAGACCAAGCGCAGAGCCCAGGAUAGAGCGAACUGGCGGCGCGCUGUGGACGCCCUCUGCCCCACUGCGGGGACAUAG